AAAUGAAGGUCAUCCACUUUCAAUGAUCAAUUCCACCAAAUGUAUUCAUCCAAUUGUUUAUUGGGGUCAGUCGGAAGAAUAUGUAUUUCUUUCUAUUAAAGUAGCCAAUGCAAAUGUUGAUUCUAUUGUUAUCAACCAAGAAGACUUUAUGUUUUCUGCAAUGGGCACUGGAGCUGAUGGUGUUAAUAAAUAUGAAUUUUCUAUCUCAUAUUAUCUCCCUAUAAUCCCUGAAGAAAGUCGAUAUGUCGUUACAAGUUUAUCUGUUAAUGUUAAAUUACGAAAAGAACUUAAAGAUUCAUGGUCAAGGUUAACAUUAGGAAAUCAGCGUCUACCUUGGGUUCGUCCUGAUUUCGAUCGUUAUCAGUUUAAUGACUCUGAUUUGGAAAAUAAUGAAGAAGAAUGUCUCAAUGUAAACGUUGUACAUCCAUCAAAAGAGGAGAGAGAUAAGCAUAAUGCAGAACAAAUGAUGCUUAUUGAUGCAGAAGAAUGGGAGGCAUUUUUGAAUCUAAUUAAAAAUCCUUUGACAAUUUAUUUAUUCCUCUUUAAUGUCGUUCAAUUCGCCGGUUAUCUUUAUGUUUGUGGAGCUCUGGUCUAUGGAUUAAUGCAGUAUAAAGAAGUUCAUAAAAUACCAUUUUAUGAAUGGAUUAUCGAUAGAUUAGUUUUUGUGCAAAUUUUAUCAAUUUUGGAACCGUUGCAUGCUUUAUUAGGUUGGAUUCGUGGUGGAAGUGUCUUACCUUCAGUUUUUCAGUUGUUUGGUCGUUCCCUUGUUUUGUUUUGUAUUGUAUUGCCACAUGCUGAAUUCCAUUCUGCGUCUACAACUUAUUGGCUUUUCUUUUCAUGGAGUCUCAUUGAAGUUGUUAGAUAUCCAUAUUACAUUUUAUCAUUAUUAAGUUUUCAAAAUGGACUUAUCACUUAUUUACGUCAUACAUUGUGGAUAAUAUUAUAUCCUAUUGGAUUUAUAUGUGAAGGUAAAUUAAUAAUUCGAUCACUGCCUUCAUUGAUUGAGUCUCGAAAAUUCUGUUUAGAACUACCGAAUCCAGCUAAUGUUAGCUUUGAUUUUACAACUUUUCUGCAAAUCUAUAUAUUUUCUAUGUCUUUUGGUUUAUACUAUAAUAUGAGACAUUUAUAUUUGAGGCGGCGUAAAAUAAUUGGUCCUCGACCAAUUAAAGGAGCGGAUCAAAUGGGUUAUUUUUCUUUUGUACCAUUCUUGCGUUCAUUAGUUCGUGGAUCAAAUAUGAAAAAUCUCUCUACUACCACCAGUACUAUUAAAAAGAAGUAUGUAAAUAAUCGCAGCAGUUUACCGAAAUUAAACUAACUUAUUUCUUCACAUAACAUGUAUAUUUCCAUGAUGUAAUAAUUGUUAAAUGAAGUGAUAUUUUAUUCUAUGUAUCUUAAUGAAUAAAUCAAUUGUUUUUUAUUGUCUAA